AUGACGAUGUACGCGAUGAGGCUACUUGCUCGCUGCAGCUACGGCCUGCCUUUACGCCGCGCAUUCCAGACGGCCGCUGCUCCCUCGGUCCGUGCCCCGGAGUUUGCUUUCGCUUUCGAUAUCGAUGGAGUGCUCCUAAGAAGUUCAGAUCCGCUGCCCCGAGCUCAAAAGGCCCUCUCUUACCUGCAGUCACAGGGCAUUCCCUUCAUACUUCUUACCAAUGGCGGCGGCAAACAUGAAUCCGACCGCGUGGCCGAGUUGAGCAGUAAACUGGAUGUGUCUAUCGAUGCAUCCAUGUUCGUUCAAAGCCAUACCCCCUUCGCCGACAUGGACGACCUCAAGGACAAGACGGUCAUGGUGGUGGGUGGUGUGGAGGAUAAAUGCAGGAAGGUCGCUGAGGCAUACGGUUUCAAGAAUGUAGUUAUACCUGGCGAUAUCAUGGUUGCUCACCCGGAUGUAUGGCCAUUCUCGCAGCAACUACUGUCCUACUACAAGACCUUUACUCGACCGCUACCCGUCCCUAUCGACGUUGACUCGCCAUCUAGAUCGCUCCGCAUCGAUGCAGUCUUUGUAUACAACGAUCCUCGAGACUGGGGGUUGGACGCGCAGAUCAUCAAGGAUGUCUUGUUAUCAGAGCAUGGCAUCGUUGGAACUUUGUCACAGAAGAACGGCAAUCCAGCUCUGGAGAAUCGUGGCUACCAACAAGAUGGACAGCCCCCACUAUACUUCUCAAACCCAGACCUGCUAUGGGCGGCAAAAUAUCACCUGCCACGUCUCGGUCAGGGCGGCUUUCGCGAAGCUUUCGAGGGUAUCUGGGCUGCGAUAACUGGCGGACAGACACAAGGUGUUAAGCUGCAGAAAGUCGUAAUGGGCAAACCACACCGACCUACGUACGAGUUCGCUGAGAAGCGUCUGAUAGCGCAUCGGCAUCAUUUGAUGCAAAACUAUGGUAGUCCGCUGGGCCAUCUGAAGCGCGUGUACAUGGUCGGUGACAAUCCCGCCAGUGACAUUGCUGGCGGUAACAACUACCAGAGUCCGCAUGGUACAGAUUGGGCUAGUGUGUUAGUGGAAACAGGUGUCUACAAGAAGGGUACAACACCGUCGCCUGAGCCGCGCAAGAUCGUGAGCGAUGUUUGGGACGCUGUAGCGUGGGCUGUCGCGCAGGAAAAGUGGGCAUCUUCAGCAGAUGCUCCGUGA